AUGCUCUCCCGCCUGGGCAGCGAGGACGAGCUGCUGGAGGAGUCGCAGUGGAUCGCUGCCAUGAUCAGCUGCUGGUUGGACGAGGAGUGGCCUGCAGCAGAGCUGGUCGAGGUGCACGCCAGCCUGGGCGCUGCGGCUGGGCAGGCAUACUUCAGGCUGCGCCAGCCGGAGGGCGGCCAGGAGGGCAUAAAAGAGAUGGGCGACCUGGUGCUGGCGCUGGCGGGUGAGCUCAUGACUUUUGACUUCUGGCCGACAUUUACUGACGCUUUCUCCGUCAGCAAUAAAGCUUGUGAGUUUUUGAUGCUUCGUCAAGGCUGUGCCGUGUGCUGCACCAGCGAGAGCGACAAGACUGCCAUUGCUCGCUACGAGGCACAGUUGCAGCAGCGGCCGCAGACACGUGAUGCGGUGUAA